UGCGUAGGAUGACAGCCGGCUUCAUGGGCAUGGCGGUGGCCAUCAUCCUCUUCGGCUGGAUCAUCGGAGUGCUGGGCUGCUGCUGGGACCGAGGCCUUAUGCAGUAUGUGGCAGGCCUUCUCUUCCUCAUGGGAGGAACCUUCUGCAUCAUUUCACUGUGCACCUGUGUGGCUGGGAUCAACUUUGAGCUAUCACGUUACCCACGCUACCUAUAUGGACUCCCGGAUGACAUCAGCCACGGCUAUGGAUGGUCCAUGUUCUGUGCGUGGGGGGGCCUGGGUCUCACACUAAUCUCGGGAUUCUUCUGUACCUUGGCCCCCUCUGUCCAACCUGUCCCGAGGACCAACUGCCCUAAAUCCAGACCAGAGAAUGGGACAGUGUGCUAAAAACAAACAAACAAACAAACCCAUACAUAUAUAUAUAUAUAUAAAUAUAUAUAUAAUAUACAUAUAUAAAAUGAAACUCAAUCAAGAUGAUGCCAGUGCCAAGGUA